ACCUGAAGAGCCUGAAGAACUCAAAGAACCCAAAGAAUCUAAAGAAUCCAAAGAACUCAAAAAAACUAAAGAAUCUGAAAAGCAUAAAAACUCUGAAAAGCCAGAAGAAUCUAAAGAACCAGAAUUUUAA